UUACCAUUCAUUUAAAAACUUGACGGACUUACCUAGACUCGGAGUUUUGGCUUCAUCGCUUUUAACCAGUCGAUGUGGGAACUCUUUUGUUCAUAAUAACGCAGUACGUUCUCCAAGAGGAUCGAUCAUUCCUAAGGUAACUAACAAUGCCGGACCUAGAGAGCAACCAGAAACCCGAGCAAGGCGGAGCAAAUGACGUCACAUGGGGUUUCAAAAUUCUCGGAAGAAUAAUAGGAACCUUAGCUGCUGCAGCGAUGAUUAUUCUCGGUUUGAUGACUAUGAUAGGCUUCAGUGGUUCAUGCCUGUUAGCUGGGAUUCUUAUGAUGGCUUUCGGUGGCUUGGUUAUAAUGAUUGAGGCGCCAAUCUUUUGCCAAUACUUCCAAUGGGCAGAAAUGGUUACUCAGUUUGUAGACAACAGGCCCUAUUUCCUGCGCGCAGGACUCUACUUGAUACUAUCAGUAAUUCCCUUCGCUCUCUGUCAAUCAGUGUCCUCAUUCUUGGGCUGUGGCGCCAUGUUCGUAGCUGGCACCUUCUACGGAGUCAUCGCAGUCGGCAAAAAGGGAGAGAAAAUCUCAUACACUGACAAAAACUCAUCCGGAGGCUAUAUACCUCUGAUAGACCACCAAUGAUCCCUCCUACCAGGAGAUGCAGUUAAGGCUGCCACAGCUGCACAUGGUGGUGCAGGUUACCAACCACAAGUGAACAACGACGACUCCACCCUCAGGUGAACCAACACUCAAAAAAAGAAACCAGCAGAAACGAAACAAAUGCACCCAAACUUCACUAAGGAAAAAGAACCAAACCAAUAACGACCGAUGCACAUGUUAAAUGGUUCUACUGUCUUACUGCGUGUUUCGAGGCAGAUCUAGAUGUCAGGGACUCUAAUUUGAUCGAACAUUUUAUGGUUUAAGUAAAUUGCCACCCACUUGCUUUGAAACUGCCAUUCGUCAUUUCAAAUUUUGAUUAUUAUUGAUGCAUAAUUGGUGAGUGGUUUAAGAGGUAAGUAUUUGCAUUAUCCUGUUGUUAGAAUGAAACUCGGCAGUUUUUCGAGAUAAAAUUGUCUCUGUAGAACUGAAUUUUUUGAAUUUUUGCUGACCAUCGCUUAAAGCCACCAUUAUAAGAGUUUCAAAUUAUCAUCAUUUCAUUGGCAUUGGUUUGAUGUUGAUAAAAUCUAUUUAGUGAUCUUUGAACUUGAGGCGUGAAAUGUAAGCAUGCAUAUUGUAAAUAUAAAUACUGGGCACAUUGUAAUUAAUUAUUUGUUCGAUAUAAUUGUUGAUGUUAUUUAGCCUGAAAAUUAUCGAAACGUGGCAGUGCAGGUUAAGCGUGUCUCAUGUUUCAAGUGCUGAGCUGAAUGAAAUGGAAUACCCUUAAAUAAAAGCCCAAAUUUUACACUGUCGCAAAAUAAUCGUUCUACUUGAAUUGCCUUUUUUGCGAAAAUUGGCUCAGCUUUACUAAUGUAUCCUAUUAGCAACUAUAAAAUCUCACAAAGUUGUGAAUUAAAAGGUUCAAGUAUUUAAGAAAGACCAUAGGCUGAAAUUCAGCGCAACAGAAUUGUCGAUGAUGCAAAGAUGUACUUCAAAUUAGAUGUAGUUCGUUUUUCUGUAUUUUGUGAUAUAAAUUAUAAGUGAUGCUCAACGAAUGUCUAUAUACGAAUACUUUAAUUGUUGAUUAAAUGAGAUUUAAUAAGUAAUGUGCAUAAUGCACCCUCCCUUACCUCCUGCUCCCUUGUGACCUCAUACUCAUUUUGUGCUGUCCAUGUUCCCUGUUGUAUGUAAAUUUGGAUAAACUCACUUUUCAAUUUUACUUACGCGCCUCCUAUUCAUCGAAUAGACUGGGUUUUAGUUGGCUGGUUCAUGUUUACGAAAUAAUUUAUUGUAGCUUAUUUGAAAUUAUGGAGACCAUUUGUACCCUUAAAUUCAAUUAUGGAAAAUUUA